GCAGGACACGGGUCUGCUCCUGCUCUCUCCUUCCCGAGUGGGUCUCCCUGGUGUCCAGCCAAGGGUGUGGCCGGCUCUGCGUAGAGAUCGGGGAGAGCUCUGGAGCUGUAGUUCCUCUUCUGUGAACCACAAGGCCCUGUGCUCCUCCCCAGCUUCCCGUGGGUCCCCCUCAGCCUCCCUCCCACUGCCUUCCUCUUCUCCUUCACCCACCGGAGGCCACACACCCUCCAUCUCAAAGAUGCUGCUGCCGUUGCUGCUGCUUCUACCCCUGCUCUGGACAGGGUCCCUGGCUCAGGGCUUGGAAUUCCAGCUGCUGGUGCAGGAGACGGUGAAGGUGCAGGAGGGUCUGUGCGUCUCCGUGCCCUGCCGCUUCUCCCACUCCAAAAUGUUCUGGACUGAGUCUUUCCCGGCAUUUGGCUACUGGUUCCAGGAAGGGGCCAGUGUAUACCAGCAUGCUCCGGUGGCCACAAACAACCCAGGUCGUAAAGUGCAGGAGGAGACCCAGGGCCGAUUCCGCCUCCUCGGGGACCCCCGGGCCUACGACUGCUCCCUGGACAUCAGAGAUGCACAGAGAAGGGACUCGGGGACAUACUUCUUUAGGGUGGAGAGAGGGUCUUCUGUGAGAUAUAAUUACCUGCAGAAUCAGCUCUCCGUGUUUGUGACGGCUCUGACACAGACACCUGACAUCCACAUCCAGGGGCCCCUAGAAUCUGGCCACCCCAAGAACAUUACCUGUAGCGUGCCAUGGGCCUGUGAGAGGGGGACACCCCCCACCUUCUCCUGGAUCGGAGUUGCCCUCCCCUCCUGGGGCUCCAAGGCUCCCCACUCCCCUGUACUCACCCUCAACCCGAGACCCCAGGACCACGGCACCAACCUCACCUGUCGAGUGACCUUCCCCGGAGCUGGUGUGAGCACGGAGAAAACCGUCCAGCUCAAUGUGUCCUAUGCUCCACAAAACCUGACCGUCCACUCCUUCAGGAGAAACAGCACAGUCCCAGAGACCCUAGUCAGAACCACCACUCUUCAAGUUCAGGAGGGCCGGUCCCUGCACCUGGUCUGUGACACUGGUGGCAACUUCCCUGCCAGGCUGAGCUGGUGCUGGGGAAGCCUGACUCUGAGCCCCUCCCAGCCCACAAAUCCCAGGGUCCUAGUGCUGCCCCAGCUGGUCUUGGGUGAUGGAGGAGAAUUCCCCUGCCAGGCCCAAUACUUGUGGAGCUCCUACCACGUUUGCACGAACCUAGCUGUGCAGGAUGAGUAUACGUGGGACACCUGCAUUCUGAGGUGAACGAGACUAAGGUAUGGACUUAAGGAACCUCACUCUCCUCCUCCUCCUCUUGGUCUUCUUCCCCCAGGUAUCUCCUGUUCCUGUCCCCAAAUCUCUGGGGGCACCUGGCCUCUAAUCCUCACCC